UAAACAUGAAGGAAGAAAAUCUUGCUAUUGCUAAUGUUGGGGAGCCUAAUGUUAGAAUGACACGAGCUCGAGCUGCUGCUUGUCAUGCAUUUGGAGGGAUUCCACCUUCAGAAGCACUGAAGCAACAAGGUCAAAAGCAGGUUUUACGGACAAGUUCAAAAAGAGCAGCUUUAGAUGAGAUGAAUAGCAGUGCUUCUGCUGCUACACCUGUUCAGCAUAAGAGGAGGGCAGUGCUUAAGGAUGUCACAAAUGUUUGCUGUGAAAAUUCCUAUAAAAACUGCCUCAUUGCAGCUAAAAUUCCGAAAAAGAAUAGCAAGCAGGCCAAUAAAGGUUCAGUGAAUGUUUCCAAGGUUGCCCCCAGUGUAGCAGUCCAAGUGCACCAGCUUCCAGCUGAUUCAAAAACAAACAUUGCUCAAGAAACUGCAAAUACAGAACUUUGUGGUUUUAUGUGUUCUAAUCGCCUUAUCACAGGUCAUGCAUCUUGAUGCCGAGAAAGAAAUGAUGUCUCAGUGUGUUGCCUUGCUUGGGAAAUUCAUUGCUGUUCGUGAGCCAAAUAUUCAAUAUCUUGGUUUGGAGAUCCGAAUGUUGAUGGUCUCAGAUGUUCAGGACAUUAUUAAAAGGUAUCAAUCACAGAUCAUCACCUCCUUGAAGGAUCCAGAUAUCAGGUUAGUUUAAGUGCUUUGUAGUUUUUUGGAGAUACUUUAUGCUUCUUCACCACGAGGCACAAUGAUCGGUUACAUGGUAAACAAAAACAAAAGAGAGACUCAGAGAGGGAGAGUGCUUAAAACUUGAUUUCUUUCCAACUUUCUGUUCAUCCUGCUAUCUGAAUCCUAUUUCAUUGUACCUAUGUAUAGGUGUUGUCAAACUUGGAAACUGGUAGAAACAUGCUGAAACACUUAAUAGUGAAUAUAGACUUUAAAUUGUAUUUAUAAAUUUCUGCAGAGUAAGUACAUCAUGCAUAAUAAAACCUCCUGAUAUAGUUACAAAAAAUGAAUCUAAUUGGUAUUUGGUUGAUUGUAGAUGCCCUGAAGACUUGGGUAUUAAACUUGAAGGCCCAAGAUUUGAGGAUUUCACCUCAAGUUGCUUUUGUAUGC